AUGAAGCUAAAUAAAGCUUCGAAGGAGUUUGGCAUUCCAUGGACAACGCUCAAGAGGAGAAUUGCUAAUGGGUGCUUCGAAAAAAAAGUUUUAGGUGGUCCGCCUGUCCUAACACAAGAAUGCGAGAAGAAAAUAGUCAAACAUAUCAUAAAAUUACAGAAAUUCGGAUUUGCACCGACCAUGGCAUAUAAACUGGCUGAGAAAUGCAACCAACAUCACAAAUACAACCGAGAAAAGCAAAUUGCCGGAAUGGAUUGGCUGCAGUUAUUCUUAAAAAGAAAUCCAGAACUCUCAAUUCGCAAAUCAGAGGGAGUUUCACAGGCACGAUCAAUGGGAUUAAACAAGAAAAACGUUUCAGACUACUUUUCAUUGUUGCAGAACAUCUUGAUUGAGCACAACCUCCUUGAUAAUCCGGGAAACAUAGUUAACGUAGAUGAGUCCGGACUUCAACUGAAUAAUAGACCAGGUUAUGUGCUAGCAGCCAAAGGAUCCAAGAGCGUUCCGGCAAUAACAUCGGGUGAAAAGGGUGAAACUAUAUCCGUAAUCGCUUGCUGCAAUGGAGAGGGCAUGUUUUUACCCCCUGCAUGUGUUUUGAAGGGAAAAAAUGAAAAGGCUGAGUACAAAGAUGGUAUGCUGCCGGGUUCCAUAAUUUUUAUGUCACAAAAGUCGGCGUAUGUAACAACUGAUAUCUUCCAUCUGUGGCUAAGGAACCAUUUUGCACCCAGAAAGCCUGAUGGGACAGUAGUGCUCAUUUUGGAUGGACAUAGUUCUCACUGCAGCAGUGUGGAGACAUUAGAGUUCGCCGAAGACAAUAACAUAGUUUUGCAGUGUCUACCCAGCCACACGACGCAUUACUUACAGCCACUAGAUAGAGCAUUUUUUAAAGCUCUAAAAUCCUAUUAUUACAAUGCUUGCAAUUCCUACAUUAAAAUGAAUCCAAAUAGAAAAGUCUCGAGACUAGUUUUCGGAGGACUGCUUUCGAAAUCAUGGGUACAAGCAGCUACGACAGAGAACGCAAUAUCGGGGUUCAGGAGUACAGGAGUUUUCCCGUUUUGUCCUGAUGCCAUCCCCGAAUACGCCUUUUUAACAUCAGAUUCGAAUCAACAACAAGAAUACAACGGGUUACGUGAAAAUAGAUCUAAUUCACCUCAACCAGGUUGUUCGCAUUGGCAGGAAAGCCGGAAAUCAUCAGAUAAGACAAACACCAAUCAAGGACUUGAACACAGACAAGCUUCACCACAAUUGGGCUGUCCGCAAAAGGGGAAAAAUCCACUGGAAAACAUUUGUUCCUCAUCAGAAGCAACAGAUCUGACUUCAACAGUGGCCCAGAACAAUCUGAUAUAA